CUUGAUUUAUUCCUGGUUUAUUCUAGGUUAAUUAUUGUUUAUAUCACUUUUCUUUGUACAAAGGGAAGAGCCUGGAUUCUGAACAAACUGGUCUUACCACAAUAGCUUCUCUUGUUAUAAGUCAUUAUAAUCUUUGUUUAUAUCAGAGAACAGUGCGUUCUAGAAACGUGGUUUGAUAAUCAAAUGUACCAGGAAGUUUUCGACAUACUUCUACAGUUUAUUGCAAAAUGCGCAGGGCAAAGCUAAAUCAGUUCAUGAAUGUGAACUAAGCAGGUCUAAAUCAGUUCUAAAUCAGUUCAAAAUUAGGCCUAAAUCAGGUCUAAAUCAGGACUAAACCCAGAUGUUUCCAAAACAAGCUCAGAGGAGACGCUCACACGAGGAAUAUUCGGAUGCGUUCCCGAUGCCUCGAUGGCGCCCUCUUCUGGCUCCGUACCUGCGUCGCACCAGUGUCGUGUUCCAGGCUUUUUGUCUGUGCGUCCUCACCUUCUGCGUCCUGCUUCCUCUCUGCUGCCACCGCCUGCUCUACUCCUACUACUUCAUCAAACCUCUGUUCCUGGACUCCAUGAGCGAAGCUGUGCUCAUACAGAGCCUACACCGUGGACAAGACGCACUCACAUUCUGGAAAACCAAAGAAAACUCAGAAUUUUCGGAACUUUCUGAACAGACGAAUUUACUGGUGACAAUUGUGACAUCUAGACGCAGUGAAGCGAAAGAGUUUCAUUAUCUUCUGCAGGUGAUGAAGACCCUGCACGACAUGUUGUUGAGCUGUGAGGGGCUCCAACACUGCGCUGACCUUCUCAUCUGUGACGUACAACACGGAAACCAGGAAAACGAAGAUGCUAUUUUACUCAGAAACCAUUUUAAAGUUGUUCGGCGCACUUUUAAAGAACGUGAAACGGAUUUGGACUUUGUGAACACAUUCGAAAAAGAGAAGCGUGAUUACAUCUUUUGUUUACGUAAAGGCUGGGAGCUAACACACGCUAAAAACAUUAUAGUUUUAGAGGACGAUGCUUUGCCAAAAUCAGACUUUUUUCAGGUAGUUUAUAACCUUCUUUCACGCACUUUUAUUCGAAAUUCUCUUUACGUUAAACUGUACCAUCCAGAGAGACUGCAGCGUUAUUUCAACCCUGAACCUUACCGCAUUUUGGAGUGGAUUGGUCUUGGUUCAGUGCUCGCUACAACUCUACUCUUAGCUUUGCCUUUUUGUAAACGCCUCCCUGUAGCCUUCUCUCUUUCUCGCGCUAACCUGCUCUUCUUUACAUUGUAUUUUAUGGCAGUUGCAGAGCUUUUUGGCCGUCACUACCUUCUUGAAUUGCGUCGUUUUUCACCUCAGCUUUACGCGGUUUCCCCAGCGACCGAAUGCUGCACUCCUGGCAUGUUGUUCCCUGGUAACUCAUCUCUGCGUGUGGCGGAUAUUUUGGACGCUGCAUUCUGCACUAAAGGGAACGCCAAAGACCUGGUCCUGUACCAGUCUGCUCGAGCGGCAGGGGAACGUGCCCACAGCCUCGAACCCAACCUCAUCACUCACAUCGGGGCCUUCUCCUCAGUCAGACCCAACCCCCUACGGCCCAAACUGCUGUGAAGCCCAUUCACACUGUGCCUUAGGUUGGCAGAAAUAAUACAGGUCAUAUAUUACACCAUGUAAAAAAAAAUAUACCCAGAGUUGUGUUUUGUUUCUUUCACACAUGUUUGAGUAAUCCUUUAUUAUUAUUCCACCUUGUGAUGUCAUGAAGUGGUAGUUUUUUAAGUCUACAGCAGCUACCUUAUACCUUUAGUUCAGUAGAGUUUGGGCUCCCUGUCCAAGGCUGAAAUCAUCCAAAUGCUUUCAGUGAAGGUAUAUGGAGUUCAAAAACACAGUCGAGCACUACCUGUAUUAGGACGUGACAUCACAAAGUGCAACAGAGUGUUUUCAUUUUUAGGAAAACGUUUGGCCUAAAUGUGCAGGAUUGUGUGUUACAUGUGUGAAUGAACAAAAUAAGUCAAGGUAUGUUUUGAUGAGAAAAACUAAAUUAUAACAUAGAUCAGAAAAUAGCAUAGCAUGGAGCCUUUAAAUAGUGCAUUUCACAGUUGCCAAAUAGAUUGAGACGUCACCUCACAAAAUAUUAUGGGAUGUCCGCUUUAGACAAACAAACACUCAACACUCAAAGCCGGUAUUUCCUCCUCUGUCAAAACAACUUCCACAUUUCCAGUCCUAACAUUCUGUAACAAACAGUAAUACUGAAUCAAAUUUAUGACACUGACACAAAUACCCUAAAGCAGGAUGAUCCCCCCCAAAACCUGCCUGGGAUCCAAAAUACAAACUUCUUAAAUAAUUUACAAAAAUGUGAGUCUGGUUAUCAGUGAAUCUCCUGUUUUAAGAUGGGCGUGAUUGUCAGGUGGAUUAGCCACAUAAAGUCCAUAUAGGAAAAAAUAUCAUGAGGAGCUGAAAAACAUUGUACAUUCCUGCAGAAUCAAUGAGCCAAGCACUAAAAUCUGUUAAUCUGAAAUUAGAUAAAUUAUAUUUUAUUUGUAAAUGAUAGGUGAUCAAUGAGCUCAUUUGUUUCACAUACAUCACUGAAAAACAAAUCUGCGCAAUCAUGUUUGACUGGGUUUGAGGCUCAAUGGAUGGCAUGGGGACCAGAUGAUAUGAGCCUGUAUAUAAAUACAGAGAUAUCAUUCUGGAUUUGCCAGGCAAACAAAAACUAUUAUAAAUGUACAAUAUUCUUAAAAAAAUUGAACUGGAGGAUGCAAUUUUUUAUGAGUCAUAGAAAUUAAUUGAAUCCUCUACACCUUAAAUCUUAAUGCAUUUCCACAAAAUAACCAAAUCAUCCACUGGUGCAAAGAGGUAUACACAAUAAAUAUUCACCCCCAAAAAUGCUUGUCCCAUCUAUCAUGCAUUGAACGAUAAGCCAAUAUAGUAAUUAUCGUGACAGGCUUAGUGACUUCAUGAUCCUCAUCACACAUCGCAACACUAAUAUUACUGUAAGUUAAGGUGUACUUUGUUAUUUUGUUUGAAAUGUGUCCCUUGCAUUUGACCCAUCAUUCAAUGUUCACUGGAUUCAACCUGUCCAGAACCAGAUCUGAGCCAGGAUCCUGGUCAGGACUACCUAAAUUAGUCUGUAGAAACCAGAGACCAAACCAGAGACCCUCUCUCUGUGAGGCACAAUGACACAGAAUAACCCUGUGACUGCUGUGGUCAAUCCCAUCUGCUGGAACUGAGCUCGUCACUGCCCCCUGCUGGACACCACUCUACUGUAUCUUUGAAAUGGACCAAAGACCAAAAGCUUGAACGACAUAAAUUCCAAAUUUUGGCCUUAAAAGUUUAAAAUUAUAGUGAAAUAAUAAAAUAAGAAAAAAUCUAAAUGAUCAAACUCAAAAUAAGUGCUUUCAAUGGUUUGAUCUUGGUUCUUAAUUUAGAUCUGUUUUAGUCCUGGUUUAGACUUGAUUUAGUCCUGGGUAAAUUCUGGGCUAGACCUUAGCUGGUUUUGUCAUGGUUUAUUCCUGGUUUAUUUCUGGCUUGAUCCUGCGUUAAAUCUGGGUUAGUUCUGAGUUAGUUUGGUGUUUUUUGUGACAUUACCUGAUUUAGUUCGGUUUUAAUCCUGGUUUAGUCCUUUUUCAGUCCUAGUUUACAUCUGAUUUAGCCCUGGUUUAGUUCUGGGGUAGUUCAUCACUACUUGGUUGGUCUUUUGGUCCAUUUGUUUACAUAUGUCUUUAUCUGAAUGCUGUUAACUUCCAAAUCAUUCAUAUGACACAAAGUUAUUUUUCUAUAAUUUUAUUGUGUGUAAAACCAAUCAGCGCCUAAAGAAUUAUUUUAGCUAAUCAUAUUAUCUGAUUAUCUAAUUGUAUUGUUUAAGAGUGAAACUUAUGGAAUUUUUUUUUUUUUUUUAAUCAAAUUAUGAAUGCCUUGUUAGCUUAGCAUACGUCCACAGUGACAUUAUUAUUGUCAGAUAUUAUAAUGAAGAAUUAUUUUAUAAAAUA